AUGUCAAGUUACGCGGAGAUCGUGAAUUACGUGGCUUAUGAUGGACAUUUGAAUAUGGUGUUGGGAGAUGUGGAAGAAACCAUUACAAUUGUUGAUGUUAAUGAAGAAACAUAUGAAGAGGUUAUUCGUGUAUUAAAAAGAACCAUAGAAAUGUUAUUUGUACGUGGUGAUGGUGUUAUUCUGGUCUCUCCUCCUGUAAGAACAGGUGUAUAA